AUGGAAUGUGAGUUCAUGUGUGAUGAUGGCAUCUCCCGGAGGCUUGACAUCGCAGCUGGAGCAACCGCGCCAUUCAACUGCGUUUAUCAAAAUAGACUGCGAACACCCAAAGGGGACGGAGCCGUUCUCGGUGAGUGUGCGGGCAGUUUGUACGUUCUCCUCGACUCCAACGCCGCGUCGCUGGUGGCGACACCGUUCACAAAAGAUGAUUUUGACGCGGGACUGUUGGAGCUGCUUCCUGAUGCCCAUGUCGUUGUCGAUCCUCUUGACUCCCACCGGGUGAAACGAGAUGUGUUCUGCGGGCGAAGUGUUGGCAUCGUGACGCAGGACCAGAAUGGCCCAUGCCCGCUGCUAGCCCUGGCGAAUGCUCUGGCACUGCAGGGGAAGGUGGAUCUGUGCCCUGACGGCUGCCGGCGGGUUGAGGCGCAGCAGCUGCGGCGCAUCAUUCUUGAGUACAUCACGCAGAAUGAGCCUCCUGUCCCGCGCUUUGAAUGUCCCGCAACACGUAUUGUGGAUAGCGCGGAGGUCAAGACGAUAGCGGGACUUGUGCAAGAGCGUCUGGUGGAAGCGCGAGCAUCUUUGGCUGAAGGCGUUGCUGGCGAGGAAUUUCUAUAUCGACUGUACCAAGGGCUGAACAUUAGCCCCAUAUUUUCUUUCAUGGACGGAUUUGACGCGGAGGACGAUGUUCUACUCUUCGCCCUUGCGGGAUUGCGUGUUGUUCACGGUUGGCUGAUUCCACCAGAUAGUAGGUAUGCCGCACUACGUGGCAUGUCCUUUAACGAGGUGAGUCUCUUUGCGACGAAUAAGGAUAGUGAGUUGACGGCGUUGGCCAACGACUUCCUUGAGAACACUAGGUCGCAGUUGACAGUGGAAGGGUUAGAUAUGCUUCGGGCAGAGCUGUCCGAGGGUGAGAUUGUCGUCCUAUUUUGGAACAAUCACUUCUCAACAGCAGUGAAGCUUGGCGGAAGGCUUCUGCUGUUGCUAUCAGAUGAGACCUACGCAGAUAGGUCCUCUAUACUUUUUGAGGCCAUUGAGGACGUCCACGGUGGCUCAACCUUCACAGACGGAAGCGGCGUCAACACCGACACAUUUCUUCUUGCGGUUCAAUUCCUGACAGGGAACGAGUUCACUCCAGAAGCCGUCGCUGCCGCGAAGUCCAGCCUAGAAGAGCAGGACAGCGAAAAACCACUUCCAGAAACGGUCGUGUCUUACCUGCGUGGCCAAAACCGCAAGGAGGAGAGCAUUGAUUCCUAUGAAAAGGAAUCUACUUGGCCGUUAUGGGUCCGCGAGAAUGCGGAUACACUUAUGGGAAUGGGGUUCAACAUUGAAUACACUGAGGCGUGUGAGCUUCUGCAAAAAUGUGGGAGUGUAAGUGCAGCUGUGGGUGAGUUGUGUCAAGAGCCGCCGAACUCGUAG